AUGCCUACAGAAAUUUUCGACUUCAUUAUUAUCGGUGGUGGUUUAGCCGGAUCAGCCCUUGCCUCGCGCCUGCAACAGGGAAGCCCGUCUCUCUCAAUAUUGAUAAUUGAAGCCGGGACAGAUGUCAGUGACCGAGCGGACGUGCUCGACGGCUCGCAAUGGCUAAGCCUGCUGGGAUCCGAUCUCGACUGGGCUUACAACACUGUGCCUCAAAGACAUGUGAACGAUCGAAUUCUGCUGAAUCACGCUGGUAAAGCUCUAGGCGGGGGAUCUGUUACCAACGCAGGUGUCUGGACCCGUGGAGACAAAGAGAACUACGACAAAUGGGCAGAACUUGUGGAUGACCCAAGAUGGAGCUAUGCCGGCUUACUGCCUUACUUUCGGAAAGUCGAGACGUACCAUGACCCUAACGCAGACCCAAAAAUUCACGGGUUUGAUGGGCCUAUCAAAACGGAAUCUUCAGUAGAUCGCCAUUAUCCACUUCAUGAGCAAGUAAAGAACGCUUGGGCAGAUGUCGGCAUUCCAUACAAGCCCUCCAUGAACGAUGGCGAUCCCGUUGGGCUGGGACAGUUAAUCGAAAAUCGCGCAGAUGGAGUUCGCCAAAUCUCGUAUUCCGCUUAUGAUCUCAAAAAUAUCAAAAUUCUGACAAAUACACUGGUAAAGCGAGUGAUUGUGAGCGACGAAAAUGGUCGCAAAGUAGCUACUGCAGUGGAAUUGGCAGAGAGCAAUAACGAUGGAAAGAUCACUAACAGAAUUAUCACUGCUCGUCGGGAAGUCAUUGUUUCGGCUGGCGCUUAUCGCUCGCCUCAGGUCCUGAUGCUUUCCGGUCUGGGCCCUAAGGAGGAGCUGCAAAGACUCGGCAUCGAAGCACUGGUUGAUCUCCCAGAUGUUGGCCGCCAUCUUCGAGACCACUGCUACAUCAAUCAAUGGUGGAAGCUCAAAGAGCCCGAAAAAGGACUGGCACUCGGGUCACCAGCGUUUAACAAGCCAGCCUUUUUCAAAGGACUCCCAAUAGACUUUUUGGCGACAAAUCAAGUUCCGAAAGAAGGUCUUCUUAAAGCAAUAGCUGCUGACUAUAAGGAAGCUGGGAUUGAUGCUGACCCUGAGUUGCAUGAGCUAUUGUCACAGAAAGGUCACGUUGAGGUCUUUUUCAUGUACGUGGGUUUCAAUCAGGGAGAUCCCCUCGUUGUUCCAGAUGGGGUAAAUGUCACCACAGCUAUUAUCCUGUUGUUGCCUUCUUCAAAGGGUUCUAUUCGACUGGCAGAUACAGACCCAAAGACUGCACCCGUAAUAGAUCCCAACUAUCUAGCAACAGAAGUGGAUCGAUACAUGCUCAGAGAGGGCGUUCGCCAGACUUACAAGGUCCUCUGCGACACGGAGAUCGGUAAAAGUAUCAUUGCCAGUGAGACAGUUGAGAGUGAUGGUCACCCCGUAACCAAGGAGAGCAGUGACGAGGAGCUGGAUGAUUUGAUUCGUCGACGUCUACUGACAAUGUUUCACGCCCUGGGCAGUUUGUCAAUGGGAAAAGUAGUAGAUAGUGAACUACGUGUCAAAGGUGUAGACAGACUUCGCGUUGUCGAUGCCAGUGUGAUACCGCUACCAAUAUCUGGUCAUAUCCAGAGCGCCGUGUAUGCUAUUGCAGAGCAAGCUGCAGACAUAAUUCUGGCCUCAUUGUAA